AGGGCGCGUAGGCCCCUACUUUAUUUCGCGCUGAAAAUCAACCAUACCUCAGAAGUCAGAAGAAACAAACCAAUCCCUUUCCCGGUCGCCAUUACUGCACUGUUACUUUUUCUCUUAGUUCCUACCACUGCUCCGUCGCAAGCAUUUCACUUCUUUGUUCGCUUGUUGUAAAUUUUCGUUGCGAUUCGAAUUUGCGAUGGAGAAGGAGAAGUCGUCGCCUAGUCUGAAACCCUGCGAGUUCUGCAACUCCGCACCGGCGAUUCUACACUGCGACUCCGAUGCUGCGAACCUCUGCUUGCUCUGCGACCGACGGGUCCACUCCGCCAACGACGUCUCCAUCAAGCAUUUGCGAACCCCUCUCUGCCAAAUCUGCGGGGACAGAAUCGCCUCUUUUCGCCGGGAUAAGGUUAACCUCGUGGCGUGCGAAGAAUGUGACGAGCGGGAGAGUAGAGAAGAGGAAGAGGAGGGAAUCGGGGGUGUUCCGUCGCGAAUUCCGGUCAAAGGGUUCGCAGGCUGUCCUCCUUCGCUCGAAAUCGCGGCCGCGUUUGGGGUCGACUCGAGAUCUCGAUUUCAGGGGGGUUCCGGCGGUAGUUCGAGGUGGGAAGUUUACAGGCAGCUGACGGAGUUGGAAUCUGAUGAAUUGGAGGUGAGAGCUAAGAAGGAGCAGGAAGAGGAGGAAGAAGAAUGGAGGGUAUUGCGGGAGACGCCGUUCAGUUCUUUGCUGGCGUCGCCGGAUCGAGUUGAGGAUAAAGGAGAAAGCUUUUGGGUUGCUGAUGGGGAUCUUAUGUGGAGCCAUAAUCCUGCUUUUGAAACUGCUCAGAUAUUGGAUUUCCAGCUUGGGGUUUCAGCAGGUUAUGCUGUAAAUGAUCCUGAUAUCACAGUCGAGCAUCACAGCAAUCCAAAUGAACAAGCCAAUUCAUUUGAUGAGCCAGAAAACGCUCCGAAUCACAAGGAUUCUUCAUCCAGAAAUAGUUGUACUGACGAACCAACAAAAAUGGAAGCAUCUCUAGAAUCCAAGGUUGUCGAAGAGGCUCAAACUUGUUGUGGGAAUGAAGAUUGGAACACUGAAGCUGCAGAUUGGUUGAAGGCGAAAGUUGACUUUGCUCAGAAUAGAGGGAAUGCUAUGUUGAGGUACAAGGAGAAGAAGAAGAAUCGAAGGUAUGAGAAGCGAAUCCGGUAUGAGUCGAGGAAAACUGGAGCUGAGUCAAGGAAGCGGGUUCAAGCUCAGUCUGAUCUUCAGAGAGCUCUCAAAGGAUUAGUCCCUAAAGAUCUUAUUGAUCGAUUAGCCGGUCUUCGAAGUCAGAUUAUAUUGAUAGCUGAGGAUACAGGUGGAUCUGCUAUGGUAGAAUUGAAGAGAGGUUUGGAUGACUACUUGUCUCUUCUCAUUGGUCUAACUAGGAAAGAACAUGGAAUUGAAGACUUGGUUGAGUUCAGGUGGAAAAACUUAAAAGAUGGCAGACAGGAAGCUGGUGUAUCAAACUGCUGGUUUGAAUUGUUAUCAGUUGUUCAUAUGAUGGCAAUGCUGACUUUGGCAGAGGCUAACUCAUUGAUGAUCCCAAAGGAUUAUUCUGAUUCAGGCAUAAGGGUUGUUUCUUCAGAUUGUAAGAGGGAAGCUGUUGAUUUACUGCUGAAGGCCUCAGGUUACCUGGAAUUCUGUAUUCAUGAAGUAUUGACUCAUAUACCACCAGAAAUCAAGACAAGUUUUCCUAAGGACUUGCAAGAUGGUGUGCUGGAUGCUAUAUCAAUUCAAGCUUUAGGCCAGGCUUAUCAGAGCUUGUCAGGAUCUGACAUGAGCGAUGGCUAUGGAAAGAAGCAUCUCAGCUUCAUCAAGUGGAAGUACCUUGAAGCGAAGGCUGCAGCUUAUUACUUUCAUGGCCACAUUCUUGACAAAGGGAGUGAACCGACCUGCCAUGUCAGUGCAGUCUGCUGUUUCCUUGCUGCAGAAGGACUUCUCACUGAGAGCAAGAGAGCCUGCUUAAGCUUCUGCCUCUCAGCUCCCGUUAGCAGAUCUCCUCCGCCAUGGGGAGCUAUGAAGUAUUUGUAUCAGAAAAUCCCUGAAAUUGCUGCAAAGAAGUCUGAAAUGUAUGGCUACCUAUUGGAGGAAGAAAAGGCUCUACAGUCAUUACCAGAGCUACCAGAUUUCCAGCUCUCAUUAAGGCCAGAUGACUACGAACUCCCAGAAACCGACCAAGCUUGGGACAGUAAGAACUGGGAAAUCCAGAGCCAAGCCUUGAAAGAUCACCUCCAAGACAGUGAAGGAGAAGAAGAGAGCUGAAAGCAACAAAGGGUAAAUAAAAAGAACCAUACUUUUGAGGGACUUUGGAUCCCAAAAACACUCUCUCUUUUGUUCCAAUCUACUGUGUGAAAACAUUACUCCUUACUCAAUUCAACAAUCCUCUUUGUUCUUAUAUGUAUAGCUUGAGAAAGGAUGGAAAACUAUUACAUACGGGCAAGUGUGAUUACUGAAUAUUACUCAACCAGUGGACCAGACCUUUUGGUUUACAUCAUACACUGAAACUUUCCUAUAUAUAAUCCUGCACAAAUCCACACGACCACACCCCAUAAGCACUCACAAUCUCUCAACUCUCUUUACCAUAGAGUAAACCUUUAGUAGGGGGUUAAAUAUAGGGUAAUGUGGGUUUUUAGUGAGGAGAAGAAGAGGCUGCUAGUUUGCUGGCACAGACAAAGGUGAGAGCCAAGUAAGUGCAAAGAACCAUGUAAGACAAGACAACCGAAGCCAACAUUUUGUGGCAGAAGUUAGGAACAUUCUCACAGAAGGACAUCCAUCCAAUCUCUUCUAUCCCAUCGUAGCCCACAAGUCCUAUAGCUGUUGCUGCUCCACACGCAGCAGUCAUUAGCCCCAUCAUCACCUGCAUUGUUUUUUGUUUUUUUUUUACAAUGUUAUCAUCGUAUAAUGACAGACAUCAUAAGCUAAACACAAACUUCGAUCGUUUGGAUGAAGAUGGUUCCACUUGGGAAUGUUUCUGUGCUAGGUAUAUGUACUUUACCAGCUUGUUACCCAACUUAGAGCUCUAACAAUAAAGAAUUACAGUAUGCAACUCAACUGAACCCACAGCACUUUGAUGAAGGUGAAAAAUGAUAGUAAGGAAGGAACAAAAGCAGUGUUGGGUAACCAUGAGGGAUGGAGUAAAUGCUGUUCAACGGUAUUUUGAAAAUUCAUCCUCUGCAAGUUUGGUGCCUGAAAUCUAGAUGGCACAUUCAAUAGGACAUUACUUUUUGGCAGGGUGCUCAUAAAUGUUCGCCAUAUACCCUACUCAAAUUAGAUCCAGUAUAAAGUCAUGGGCAGUGACCCAAAAUGAUAGGAUUCCACUUAAUUUGGCAAAUGGGAUAGUGAUCUUAAUCACUUUCACACAUGAUCAUUAUGAAUCCUACUACUACUCAUGAAAUGAUAUUUAACCAUUAUGAUUACACCAAAACUCGCUUGCUCUAAAGCUAUAUGUACAUUCAUUCAUCAUCACUAGAUUAACCUAUAGCCUCUGUGAUUCAGCCUAAAUUCAUUCGGUCGGAUCCGGUUAUCAUCAGAAUAGCCCAUUUAACCUCUCAUUAAUUAGUUCAUUACCAGGAAUCCAAAACACCUGACCCCGAUCCCUUUGCUUCCUCCACUGGGCCACGGUAGUAAAGACAGAAACUUUACGAGAGAAAGAGAGAGUUUUACCAUUUCAUGCAGUAAGAGGUAGAAAAGGUUGAGAGGCGACUGAGCUGCAGAGGAGCUGCUCUUUCCCAGCUGUGGCAAGAUAAAGAACAGGGACACCACUACUAAGAAGGAUAUAGUAAGCCAUGAAGAACUCAACUUGAAAGCAGUGGAGUAGGUGAAGCGAGCGGAGAAGGGGAUCCCAUAAACGAGGACGUUCUGGUUGCUGGUGACCAUGACGCAGAUUGCAGAGGCCGUGAAGGCUAUGGCUAAGAUCUUGAGCGCAGUCAGCUGAGCCACUAAUCGAUUCCACAUCUCGUGCUGCUGCUGGCCUCUUGAUGCUGCCGUUGAUGAUGGCUUCCCUGCCUCCAUUGUAGAACCAGAGCAGAGUUUUCUUUUUUAUUUUCCCUUGUAGGAGAGUGAUGGUUAGUUUUGGAAUUGAAUGGAGAGGGUGACAGAGGGAGAUAUAGAGAGAUGAUCUGGUAUUUAUGGUGGG